AUGUCCCGCGCGCGGAAGGAGAGCACACUGGGGUUUGCUGGGCGGCCCAAGCUUCGUACAAAGUUCUACGCCAGCAUUGCAUCUCUAGCAGCCGGUGAGCAGCCUUGGGAGAUUCACAGCGAAGGUACAGGGCCGCUAGGCUCGUCACGUCGAGCAUCAUCAGCCAGCAACCUGGCUUCGUCGUCUGGUAAAGCCUCUGGCAAGGCACCCUCUGGCCCUCGACAGAGAUACUUUUUGGACCUCCUUUGUUUGCCCGUCGAACAGGCUACGCUUAGCGAGCUGUUGGAUCCGAUCAGUGCGAGAGCCCUUCUGUCUUCAUCCGGGACUGAUGCCGUUGUGCGAGACAAUAUUGGCAGCCUGUGGAGAGAGGCUAGUAGGGUGUGGAGAGAGGGAGACGCGACGAGGAGCAGCAACGCGGUCGAGGUGAGCGUCGAGCAGUCUCCACUGUAUGCGACGGCGCUGGACUCAAGUGCGAAGCCGCCUCCACACAGAUGCUGCACGGUAUCUCUGGUGCGAUCCUCUCCAAACGCUUUUCAAAUUAUGCGUUCGACGUCAUCCACGUCCUCGCUGGAGGGAUGGACGAAGCCGACAACGAAUUUGGUCUAUUAGUCACCGCCAUUGACGAUGCUCUCCAAGAGCCAAGCAAGCGCAAUCGUCAAGCGCGUUCGGAUGCCUUGUCCAGCGAGCAGUCCGAUGUGCAGCAACAGCGAAGAGUUCUGCAGCUUGCUAUCCUCUGGCUGUCACACGUCGGCUCCACAUCGUUAGCAGCGUAUUUCGCGGGGAAGCGUGACCUGUACGCUUCUUGUUCCUCCUAUCUCAGCCGAACCACUUCUCUUGGUGACGUCUACGACGCUGCCAUCCUCUUGGGCCUUCUAGCGUCUCUCGGACUCUCCUCUGGAGGCAGUGGUUUGAGCGGAGGAAGCGGCUCAGGAGCACAUGCCUAUGCACGUAGGAUGAGAGAUUGGGUGGACGAGGAGUGUAUGAUCGCCAUCAGCAAUGCUGCUGCUGCUUGUGCUGGCGAUGCAGUUGCAGCUUACGUGGAGCAAUUGGACGACUCGGCACCAUCCUUUGCGAGCAGUAUGAUCGGCGUUGCAAGCUUCAAGUGGCUUGUGCCCGUCACAUCAGGUGCCACUGGCGAGAAGGGCAGAGGAAAGGAGGGCGACUUUGGCCAUCUGUGAGUCGGUAGUGAAGCCUGAAAUUGAUCAGAUGAAAGGCUAAUUGACACCUUGAGGUGCCCUUUGUAGACCGCCAGCGCCUAUCGCGAUACUCCUGCCCGUGCUACUUUUGGCGCGCUCGAAUCCGCUCUUUGUUGACGUCUUGUUGCGCGACAAUGCGCAACCAAACACAACAGAAGCUGAUAGCAGUGACGGCGUCGCAAAGCUUGGUAAUCCUCAAUUGUCGUUUUCUUUACUCUCGCUCUCUACCUAUCUGGCUGUUCACAGCGCUUCCUCCAAGAGGGGACGAGCGUAUGCGCACGUGGGCCUCUUGCUUCUGAUCGCUUUCGCGGCUGAUCAAGCUUCAGGCACGGUCGCAUUGCUGCAGGAGCGAGAUGCGAGCCUCAUAGCCAACAGGAUACGAGUUUGUCGGCAGAAGCCGCCUCCUUUGCCAAUGCCAGUUGUCCCAAGAGACAGGCUGAUCCAGCCGACUUUAGACGCUGCUGUGCUCUUUCUGAGACACAACCUGAGCAGGAAAUUAGAUACUACAGGACACUUGUAGGUAGUCUGCCAAAGUUGAUUGACGUUCGGCGGUCAGCUCAUCUGACUCCGUCUUUGUCUGUGCCGGACCCCUCUAGACUAGCACUGAGACUGCUACGCGCGAGCAUUGCCUUGCUGGCUGGUCGCCGCGCUCGCAUACAUUACCAUUGGACAGAAGCUUGGCGAGCAACGCUGAGCUUGGCAAGCUUUACUCAGGGUAGACACGCAGAAUUGAGAAGCGGAGAUUGUAAAGAGAUUGGAAAGAGUGUGAGUCAUCAGCGAGUGAUUUGAGGCGCGAAUCACUGUUGCUGAUCCUCGCCAUUCCAUGGCACACAGGUCAUUGCGACUUUGGCUUUGGCGUUGCUGCGCUCUGACGAGUACUUGCCCUCUCCAAAAGAAGUGCAGCAGCUUCUGUACGAAGUCGUGCGGUCUAGUCUCGCCAUUAGGAAACUUGUGGCUCUGAUAGGUGGUGGGGCCUCAGAUGCCGCUUUGAACCCUCAAAGUUCGCCAAUCACGUCGCCUUCCUCUUAUAGCAACGGUACGGAUAAUGCGGGCUACUUUGACACGUCCGCGUUGGGCUCGAACGUGGUCCAGCCGCACGAUCCCGGGCUCCAUGCUCGCGUUCCAGGGUGGAAGAUCGUAGAGCGCGUACUUCUGGCCGUCGAAGCGCGCGUGGAAGAAUGGGGACAAUCUAAGAUGCGAGGAGGUGCAACAUCGACGGGGCUCGCAAGCUUGAGAGGUCUGGGAGCAGCAAUCGGUCUCGCUUCUCCCUCGAAGACCUCAGGCGGAGAGAUCGGCACUAGCAGCGCAAAUAGCACGCCUAUCGCAACAACACCCAAAGCGAGCCCUUCCGGAGGUACCGCUCCAGCGCCGGACAUCAAGACGAUCUUUAGCCUUCUGGGCAGUAUAGAUUUGGAGGCUCUGCUCGUGGGAUCCAGCGCAAAUCAAUCUGCUCAGCGCGGCAGAGAUGAGGAUCUAGCAGGAUCGGACGAGUGGCUCGACAGUGUGGAGACUCAGGUACACGUCGAGGUCCUUAGAGAAGCAGUCAAUGAGGAUGUCAGAAUUCUCAUCACGCCCAAGUAG